AUGGAUCUGCCGGCGGGAGCCGCUCGCCUCCUGCUCUGCUGGGCGCUGCUGCUGCUACUGCCGCCACUGCCCACGGGUGCCCUGAGCCGCUCCGGCCCCCGAGGUCCACUUUUGGGAAACAUAGAGGAGUAUAGACUUGUUAUCCCAACCAGCACAGAUGCAGAGGGCAACUUCUUAUCACAUUUGGUCUCUGGAGCUGGUAAAAGCCGAGCCCGAAGGGAUGUUGGGGACUUGCCCAGGGAGGAUGCCAAUGAACAGAUAUUUUACAAUGUCACUGUAUUUGGAAGAGAUUUCCACUUCAGGCUGCGGCGGAACUCCCGGCUCGUGGCCCCGGGUGCGACUCUUGAAUGGCAGGAAGAUUCCCACGAGACUCGAGUAGAGCCACUCUUAGGGAACUGCCUCUAUGUGGGAGGCAUCACCGGUCUCCCCAAUGCUUCUGUCGCUAUCAGUAACUGUGAUGGGCUGGCUGGCAUGAUCCGCACAGACAAGGACGAAUUCUUCAUUGAGCCUCUGGAGAAGGGAAUGUCGGAGGAGAAUGAUGGCAGGAUGCAUGUGGUCUACCGCAGGCCCCCUUCUCCAAAGCUCUUUCUUAAUGACAGCAGGACCAUGUAUUCAGGGGCAGACCUGAGUGGCCUGGACAACCUCAGCAGCAUGCUUGGCCUCAUUGAGGACCAAAUCAAUGGCUCAAAGAGAAGGUCUCGAAGACAUGCCACUGAUGAUGACUACAAUAUUGAGGUCCUCUUGGGUGUUGAUGACUCUGUGGUUCAGUUUCAUGGGAAAGAACAUGUCCAGAAGUACCUUCUCACCCUCAUGAACAUUGUUAAUGAAAUCUAUCAUGAUGAGUCAUUGGGAGCCCACAUCAAUGUCGUUCUGGUGAGGAUAAUCCUGUUGAGUUAUGGAAAGUCCAUGAGCCUCAUAGAGAUUGGGAACCCUUCCCAGAGUUUGGAGAACGUGUGCCAUUGGGCCUUUCUCCAACGAAAAUCAGAUACAGGCCAGGCGGAGUCCCAUGACCAUGCCAUCUUUCUCACCAGACAAGACUUUGGCCCAUCAGGAAUGCAAGGCUAUGCCCCGGUCACUGGAAUGUGCCAUCCCGUCCGCAGCUGUACCCUGAACCAUGAAGAUGGAUUUUCCUCUGCCUUUGUGGUAGCCCAUGAGACCGGCCAUGUCUUAGGGAUGGAACAUGAUGGCCAGGGCAACAGAUGUGGUGAUGAGGUGAGGAUGGGCAGCAUCAUGGCUCCCCUGGUCCAAGCUGCCUUCCACCGUUUCCAUUGGUCCAGGUGCAGCCAACAGGAACUGAAUCGCUAUCUCCACUCCUACGAUUGCCUGCGGGACGACCCCUUUGAGCGGGACUGGCCAGCUCUGCCCCAGCUGCCGGGAAUUCACUAUUCCAUGAACGAGCAGUGUCGUUUUGACUUCGGACUAGGCUAUAUGAUGUGCACGGCGUUCCGGACCUUUGAUCCUUGCAAGCAGCUAUGGUGCAGCCACCCUGACAACCCCUACUUCUGCAAAACGAAGAAAGGGCCACCACUGGAUGGGACCAUGUGUGCCCCAGGGAAGCACUGCUUUAAAGGCCACUGUAUCUGGCUGACCCCAGAUAUCUUGAAACGGGAUGGAAAUUGGGGUGCGUGGAGUAAAUUUGGCUCCUGUUCCCGGACCUGUGGCACUGGUGUGAAAUUCAGAACCCGCCAAUGUGACAACCCCCACCCAGCCAAUGGUGGUCGUUCCUGUGUGGGACUCAGCUAUGAAUUCCAGCUAUGCAACACGCAGGAUUGCCCCAAUGCCCUGGAUGACUUCCGAGAGGAGCAGUGCCGCCAAUGGGAUCUCUACUUUGAACACGGAAAUGCCCAGCACCACUGGCUUCCCCAUGAGCACAAGGAGGCCAAAGAAAGAUGCCACCUCUACUGCCAGUCCAAAGAAACUGGAGAAGUGGUAUCGAUGAAACGAAUGGUGCAUGAUGGGACUCAUUGCUCCUACAAGGAUCCCUACAGCCUUUGCGUACGUGGAGACUGUUUGAAAGUUGGUUGUGACCGAGUGAUUGGCUCUACCAAACAAGAAGACAAAUGUGGUGUGUGUGGAGGAGAUAACUCUCGCUGCAAAGUAGUCAAAGGGACAUUCUCGAGAUUACCUAAGAAACAAGGUUACGUCAAGAUGUUUGAAAUCCCAGCUGGAGCAAGACACCUGCUCAUCCAAGAGACAGACUCUACCCCUCACAACUUGGCCAUCAAGAGCCAAGAGACGGGGAGGUUUGUUUUGAAUGAGGAAAACUUGGUUCCGGAUUCCAAGCUCUUCAUUGACAUGGGUGUGGAAUGGGAGUAUCGGAAUGACGACGACCGAGAAACCGUCCAGACGAUGGGUCCUCUCUAUGGCGCCAUUACAGUACUGGUCAUUCCUCAUGGCAAUGCCAAGAUCUCUUUGACCUACAAGUACAUGAUCCACGAAGAUUCCCUGAAUGUUGACAAUAACAAUGUUGUAGAAGAUUCUGUGAGCCAUGAAUGGGCCCUGAAGAAAUGGACUCAGUGUUCCAAGCCCUGUGGAGGAGGUUUCCAGCUUACCAGAUAUGGCUGUCGAAGGAAAUUGGACCACAAGAUGGUGCAUCGGAGUAAUUGUGACUCCAUUGCAAAGCCUAAACCAAUUCGCAGAGCAUGCAACCUUCAGGAGUGUUCUCAGCCUGUGUGGGUCACCGGAGAAUGGGAGCCAUGCAGCAAAAGCUGUGGAAAAACUGGUUACCAGAUCCGCUCCGUACGCUGCGUCCAGCCCCUGCAUGACAACACCAAUCGCUCUGUCCAUACCAAGCACUGCAAUGAGGCCCGACCAGAGGGCAGGCGGGCUUGUAACCGGGACCUCUGCCCUGGACAGUGGAGAAUUGGGCCCUGGUCUCAGUGUUCAGUGAGCUGUGGGAAUGGCACUCAAGAACGACAGGUCCUGUGCCGGACCCAGGAUGGAACCAUUGGCUCCUGUCGGGAGGAACGGCCCGAGACAGCAAGAACAUGCAGACUCUCCAUAUGUCCCCGAAACAUCUCGGAUCCUUCCAAGAAGAGUUACCUCAUCCAGUGGCUGUCCCGUCCAGAUCCAGACUAUCCAAUCCAGAAAAUCUCGUCAAAGGGACACUGUCAAGGUGACAAGUCAAUGUUCUGCCGGAUGGAAGUCCUGUCUCGCUACUGCUCCAUCCCAGGAUACAACCAGCUCUGCUGUAAGUCCUGUAACCUCUACAGUAACAUCACCAAAGAUAACGGGACUGAGCCCACCCCUGGAAGAAACAAUGACAUUGAGGCACUGCUCCCUACGCUCCCAACCCCUCCAGAGGUACAGCCGUCUCUGGCGCCCCCCGCAGCGACUCCCACUAAUACCACGGGUCCCAAUAUCACGGAAGAGGAACAUCCAGACAUCAAUGCUGUGGAUACGCCCUAUAAAGUUCAAGGCCCAGACAACGAAGUCCAGCAGCCCAACCUCAUCCCCCAUAAAAGGACCCCAUACGAAAGGACCAAGAACCAGAGGAUCCAAGAGCUCAUUGCUGAGAAAUGGAGGAGAGAGAUGCUCGGAAGGUUCUAAUAAAUC